AUGGCGCAAGACGCUGUUCCUGCGGCCACCCUCGAAGCAGAAGUCGCCAGUCUUCCCUUGCCGAGACUUCUCCCAAAUCUAGUCUCCGAUCGGGCAUCAAUGGAACCAAAUAAGAUAUGGGGAUCUAUACCCAUCAGUUCUCAAACGACCGGUGCCGGCUAUGAAGACAUCUCGUACCGGCGGUUUAACUGCGCCAUUGACAGGGCAGCAUGGUGGAUGCACAAUGUCAUUGGGCCGAGCAGACUUCGACCAUUUGAGCCUCUAGCAUACCUGAGGCCUCCCGACUCAAGGUAUAUCGUUUUUACUCUUGCAUCCAUCAAGGCUGGUUUUCAGAUGUUAUUUAUCUCACCAAGGAACAGCGACGAGGCACAAUAUGCUGUCAUGAAAGAGGCAGAUUGUCAUAAGUGGCUUUGCGCAACAGAGAUAAAGGCGAAAGUGGAGGCAUUGGUGGAGAAUAGACCACCCAGAACCUUGAAUACGAACAGUGGCCGGUCAGAGAGCUGGAACGACAUGUUGACCGUUGUUCCGGGACAGACUGAACUAUUGAAAGAUGAGCUGACGCCACCAUUCUCGUACAAGAAGACGCUCAAAGAAGCAAGGUGGGAGCCCUUGGUUAUGCUUCAUACGUCAAGCACAACCGGUCUGCCCAAGCUGAUCCCUCUAACCCAGGGAUACCGUUUCCAUGAAGAUGUGGUCCAGCACUACCCGAAAGAGGACGAGUUGGAUGUUCUUACUCGCAAGCCAUUCGACGGCGAUUGCAGAUUAUUUCUUGCUAUGCCUCUUUUUCAUGCCGGCGGAGUCUUGUUGGGUCUGCUGAAGUCACUUUACCACGACAUAGUGAUGGUGUUCCAACCUCCCGCUGUUCCAUUGAGUGCCUCAGUCGUUGACGGGGUUCUGCGCCAUGGAAAGUGCGACGGGACUGUCAUCCCUCCCUUUCUGGUCGAGGAGAUGCUGGGUUUUCCUGAAUAUUUCGACACCCUUUCCAGCCUGAAAUUGGUACAGUUCGGCUCCGGACCGCUUAGCAAAUACUGCGGUGACACUUUACUCACGCGUCAGAAAAGUUGUCCUCAUUUCAUCAGGAAGAUCGACGUUAAUGUUCCUGGAAUCCAGCCGGUUUUUGAGCUCUUCCCCCAGCUCACCGAGUGGCCAACAAGAGAUAUUUACACGCAGUAUCCUCACAAGCCGUAUUUGUGGCGUACUUGCGGCAGGGCUGACGAUGUGAUUGUGCUGUCCAACGGUGAAAAGUUAAAUCCCGUCGACAUCGAGUCACAAAUCGCAAAGGCGCACCCAGCUAUCACUGGUGCACUGGUCGUUGGACAAGGACGAUUUCAACCGGCCCUGAUCGUGGAAGUCGGAGGCAUAGAUGUUGAUAAGGAGAAAGAAAAAGGGGACUUGUUGCAAGCCAUUUGGUCCACCAUCAACGCUGCAAAUAAGACUUCUCCCAAACACGGACAACUUACGAAGCCCUUGAUACUCUUUUCGUCACCCAAGAAACCAUUCCUUCGUACUCCGAAUCUCAGCCAAAUCGCCGAAAUAACUUCAAAGAUCAUCUAUAAUAAUCCCACGAUCGACUCUUUGUCGCAAGCACUGAACGAAAUUGUCCAGGCUCAUAUUGCGGAUCAGACAACUGCUCCACAAAAAGAUCGAAAUGGUAACGAAACCGAUAAUCGAGAGAAUCGGAUUCAAGAGAUGAUUGACAGAUGGACACAUGGUUGGGACUAUCAACCCGCGAUUCUUGGAAAUAGCCUGGAGCGCCAAACCUCCCCAAAUACCACAAGUGAGGCCAACAGUGUUGUUGGGAAGAAGUCUUGGACUGUCAUCUUGACGGGUUCAACGGGAUCACUUGGAUCACAUAUCCUGGGCGUGUUCAAUUUCUUCGGACAACAAACCUGGGGGCACCUCGCCUGGGUCUCGAGGAAAACUCUCAAUUUCAACCUGUCAGUCUCGUCCUUUGAGAAAAACCACAUUGCCAGCAUCCGUCGAUUUACAGAUUUCAGUUCAAGCUUUUCCAAGGGUGCACACAUUGUCUUUGUAUCCAGCCUAUCUUUGGUAACAUCUGGGGGACUCGAGCAAUCAGUUCCGGAGAAAAUAAUCCAAGACAAUUCUAUGCCGUCGCACAUGGGGUACGGCGAGUCUAAAUACAUUGCAGAACGCGUCCUUAAUGCCGCGACGGCGUCCUCGCGAGGCCGCAUACCCACCACGAGCCUUCGUGUUGGCCAAAUUGCUGGUCCGGUGCCGAAUAUGGAUAUUGCGGGGAAUCAAGUCAAAUUGGAGGUUUGGAACGCCCAAGAAUGGUUCCCAAGUCUAAUAAUCAGUUCGAACACGGUGCAAGCUUUACCUGCCACUCUUGGUCGCAUGGAAGACAUUGACUGGAUUCCUGUGAACGUGCUGGCCAAUAUUGUCAUCGAGCUCUUGCAAUUCGACAACGAGGAAAUCGAACGCCAAAGGUACUCAGAGGGAGGUGACAGCCAUUUGACUUCACGCGUUUACCAUCUGAUUAACCGUGCGGUUGUAACCUGGCAGCAAGACAUUUUGCCCGUUGUGCAACACUUCCUUGCAAUCGACAAGGUAGUUCCGUUGGCGGAGUGGAUCGAGCUAUUAGGCUCAAGCACUGAGUCUGAUGGGGAUAUCGAUACAGCGGCAAAACCUGCGGCCAAGAUCCUGCCUUUCUACAGGAGUCUACUAUUGAGACGAGACGAAACUUUGGCAGCAAGACCGAAAUACCUAACUGAACAGACCCAAAAGGCCAGCCGUACUCUAAGGGAGGCAGGACCUGUGAGGGCAGAGUGGGUAAAUCGAUGGUUAAGUGAUUGGGAUCUGAACCCGAAAGUGAAAAUUGGAUAG